GUAUGGAUACUUAAGAGUAAAUAAAUCCUAAUUAUGAUGUCGUUGUGUGUGGAACUGGUUUGAUUGAAUGCAUACUUAGUGGAUUACUAAGUAUGGAAGGCAAGAGAGUGUUUCACAUGGAUCGUAACCCUUAUUAUGGAGGAGAGGGUGCAUCACUAAAUUUAACUAACCUUUGGAAAUUGUUUAAGGCUGGAUAACAAUUUCCAUAAUAAUUAGGUAUGUAUUAGUUAUAAAUUUGAAAAGGUUAGAAUAGAGAUUGGAAUAUUGAUUUGAUUCCAAAGUUUGUGAUGGCAAAUGGAUAGCUUGUUAAGAUAUUACUUAAGACCAAAGUGGCACGUUAUUUGGAAUGGAAAGCUAUUGAUGGCACAUAUGUAUUCUAAAUGAAAGAGCCAGGUUUGUUUAGCAAGGGAGGUGGUAAAAUCGAGAAAGUAAAUAUCAUAUAAUAAUAUCAAUAGGUUCCAGCAACAGCUUCAGAAGCUCUUAAAUCUGAUUUAAUGGGUAUGUUUGAAAAAAGAAGAUGCUAGAAAUUCUUGGCCUAUGUGUCAAAUUAUGAAGCAAGUAACCCAAAGACUCAUGAUGGUAAAAUGUGAUUAAUAUUAUAGGAUUGAAUCUCAAUCAAAUGUCAUGUGCUCAAUUACUUAAGAAAUUUGAAUUAGAGCCAAAUACAAUUGAUUUCAUUGGUCAUGCUGUUGCAUUAUACUCAAAUGAUCUAUUCUUAGAUAAGCCAGCAAUUUAAACAAUUGAAAAGAUUAAAUUGUAUAUGGAUAGUAUUGGGAGAUAUGGAGAUAGUCCAUUCAUAUAUCCAAUUUAUGGAUUGGGUGGUAUUCCAGAAGGAUUUUCUAGAAUGGCUGCUGUAAAUGGUGGUACAUUUAUGUUAAAUGCUGAUUUGGAUGAAGUAUUAUUUGAUGGGGAUGGAAAAGUAUAAAAAAUAUUUAAUUUUAGGUAUGCGGAUUAAAAUCAGAGAAAGUUAAGGAAUUGAUGGGAUUAGAAUAAAUUAAUUGUAAGAUGAUUAUUGCUGAUCCAUCAUAUGCAUUAAAAGCAAAAUUAUCAAAUAAAGUGAAAUCUAUUGGAAAGAUAGUUAGAUGCAUUUGUAUUCUUAAUCAUCCAAUUCCAAAUACAAAGAAUUUACCAUCUGUUUAAGUUAUUAUUCCUUAAAGAUAAACAGGCAGAAAGAAUGGUAGAUAUAUUAUAUUAAUUAGAUUAGAUAUUUAUGUUAUGAUGGUGAGUGAUGUUCAUAAUGUUUGUAAGAAAGGAUUCUUUAUUGCUAUAUUAAGUACUAAUGUUGAAACCAACAAUCCAGAAAAAGAAUUAGAACCAGCAUUUGAAAUUGUUGGACCAGUCUUAGAAAAGUUUAUUACUGUAAUAUAAAUAAUAAAUAUUAUAGGUUUCUGAUGUUUAUGUUCCAACAGAUGAUGGAUCUAAAGAUAAUAUCUUCAUUUCAAGUUCAUUUGAUCCAUAAUCCCAUUUUGAAGGUGAAACUUAAUAAGUGUUGAAUGCCUACAAAAAAAUAACAGGAAAAGAUUUAGAUUUAACCAAUUUACCAUUAGAUUAGGAUGAUUAAUGAU